CUAAGGGAUGAGUCAACAGCUCGACUAUAAGAUACCCUGAUGGAGCCCCACAGUGGCACACACGCAGCCACCAGCUAAGGUAAGGUCAACUCUCCUCUCCUAUUGCACCUGAAGGCUGCGCCGUCGUUUCACUUUAGCUGCAUCUGGUUUUGUUUCAAGAGUUAACAGCUUGUUGGGACGUUCGCCGACUUAUUUGAUCUUUGGACCAGUUGUACAAGCGUAAAACUACAGGUGUCUCUAACACAAAUAUUUGCUGGCGUGAACAAAUAUACGGAGGAAAUGACUAAAAGAUUAGAAAGUAAUAGUAAUAGUAGGAAACAAACAGGGCACUGAUAUGAACUUGUUGACGUGACAGCAGUGACAUUAAGAAACUAUUAACUGCAUACAUAAAUCCUAUUCCAUUUCAUCCUUCUCCCAGGAAUACUACUGCAUUGGGGAAUUCUGUGCAUCCUUGGAAAGAUGGACUACACUCUUGCGCUCCUGUUCUCUCUGAUGCACAUCCUGCAUGUGACCACAGCUGCUCCUCUGCCACCGGAAGUCGUGAAAAUGAAGACUAAGGUGAAAGGGAUGAGUGAGCUGCUGGUGAGGAGGCUGAACGAAGAUCUCCAGAUCCCUUCUGGGCCGACCUUCAGUCCACAGGCUAACGAUAUGGACGGCCUGUCCUCCAUUAUAACGGUCCUGAACGGUUACAACAGCCUGAUCUCCGACUCGCUCACCGGCGUCUCCCAGGUGAAGUCGGAUAUGUCCUCGCUGACGGGCUACCUCGAUCAGUGGAGGUCCGGACACUGUCCUGAGCAGCAGGCAAAGGUUUUGGUGCCGGCGCCGCUGGAGGAGCUGCAGAGACGGAAGCAUUUCACUCACACCGUGAGCUUCGAGGCUCUCAUGAGAACCAAGAAGUUCCUCAAGGAGCUGCUGAAGAACCUGGAUCAUCUUAAGACUUGCUAAAAGCGGAUUUUAGGAACAAUAAUUAGAGGUUUGUCGAAGCUUCGGAUACUGGAUGAGAGUCAGAAAGGUCUGAAGUUUAUUCUUGAACAGGUACUUAUUUAUAUGUAUUAUAUGUAUGUAUAUAUAUGUAUAUUAUAUGUAUUUAUUUAUCUAUUGUAAUUAGUAUUUUGUAAAAGUAAAAAAAAAAAAAGGAACCUCUUCAUCAGCAUGUUUGCAGCAAAGAUGAAGUUUCCUCAGGGAUGUUUCUAAGUGAACAGACCUGGAAUGGCUUUGCACAUAGAUAAAUGAGCUGCUAAUAUGUUCGCAUGAUCGCCCCGUUUAAUCAGUUAAGUCUGCCUGAAAGUUAGGAUCUGCGCGUUAACUCGAAAAAAAGCUGAUUCACGUUGACUUUAGCCGGAUACAUCAGUGGAGUGAUGUCAUCACUGGAAUCUCCUGCCCUGAAAAACGUGGAAAGUGGCCAAGAACAACAGCUGUGUUUGAUGAGGAGGAAAACGAGAGAAAGGGUGAAAAGAAACUUUGUCAGUUUUGUUUCUUCCAUAAUGGCUAUUUAUACGUUGUAUAUAUUUUGUAUUUUUGUACUGCCUAUAUUUUUUACAACUAAUUUGAACUGUUUAUACAUAUUUAAUAAACGUAUUAUUGUAUUUAACACUGCCAGUGAGAAACGAGCAUGGAAGAGAAAGACAAAGGCACGUAGACAAGGUUAAAGUGUCUCUGUGAUGAUUUAUCUCAGAGUUCAUGUGUGG